UUUAAAUUAGCCCCAAUGCAACAUCUUAGAGACAAAAUCCGCCUUCCGAUAAUUUGUAAGUUAGCUAAGCAAAGAAAACGCGUUGAGCAAAUAGAACUCCAGGGUUGGUGUCGGAAGCUUUCUUACACAACAUUGACAUGUUUUCUAAUCACUUCUGUGUAUUGUCAGCGGGAAGCCAAGCGUCUUGUAAUUACACGCAUUUGUUAGCGAAAAAAAGGGACAAAAAUCUCGCUUAUAUGGGUUCUUGAAUGUAUCUAGCUUAAAGAAACUGGUGACAGAUUAUUGCAUAAGUGCUGUAAAUUAACAAGGCUUGCGCAACUAAUUAAACAUUUUUGGAACAAGCAUUUGAUAAUGUCAGUUGUUUUCUUUUAGCAAUUAGACGGCAAGCUUAAGAUUUCAACGAAGGAAUAUUGAAUUAACGUUCGAAUUUUUCCUACUCUAUGUCUAUUUUUGUUUAUUUAAUCAUUUAUUAUUAUAUGGAUUUUCUUGCGAAUCUCACAAUUAUUCGAAGGAUCUUUUGGCUCCCUUUACAAAAAAUUACCUGAUUUUUCGAACCAAAGUAUUCCAUUCUCCUAGGUGCUUUGAAAAUACGGAUAUCCUUGACUUUUUUUUAUUCAAUUAUACGAGGAAUGGAGUUUGGCUACUUUGAAUUUUUUAGUAUGAUUCUAACUAAAUUUCUUUCAAAUAACGAUUUACAACUAUUUCUCCACGUAGUACGAAACUACCCGCUUUGGCAAAAUUGCGCUCGGACUGAAUUACCAUUUGAAACAACCAAUAUUGUACAGAAACUUAUCAGAUUCGCCAACAAUUUCGAUUUUUUUUUAAGUCGAGUAACGGGAAAUAUAAUUUACUCUCUCAGUCUUCCCAGGAAUUGUCCAGUAGUGUUUCUAAAUGCCCCUUUAAAACUUUCGCAAAAAUGAGAAAAGAUUACCACGUUUAAGACGACCUCCAGCCACUUAACAAUACAUGUCAUGGCCGAUAAUGUACGAGGGCUCAGCCAACCAGAUUGCAGCGUUUGCAUCAGUAUUCUAGUAGAAUUCAACUACAAAGAGUCAACCACGAACUUGGCGGGGAUUUACAGGGAUUGCAAAAGAAUGUCUUCUUUCUCUCGACAAACACCAUCUGUGCCGAAGCCUCAAACGUUUUUGUGACAUUUAGUUUUGCCUAGGUUCUAGAGAUGAAAACAAUUAGCUGGUUCUUGAGAGCAUUGAUUACAGAAAACUGCGGAUGUAUUUAAACCUAUAUUACUAUCGAUUAGGUAGACUUUAUAAGAAGAUCUUAUGGGUCACUUUUGUGUGGUAACAGCAAGAAUUAAGGUUCCUGGCCAUCGGUGGGAGCUUAAGCGCAGCCUCAGUUUCCUCGUGUUGGGAUAAACUUUAACACUUAGAGUGACUGUCUUAACCCCAGGAGUAUAAAAGAGUAAAGGUGCUCUAUUAGGGCAUGGAUUAGCGUCCCUGAGCCAAACAAUAAAAUAAUUAAACCAAUGGAAAAUUUCAAGGGAUUAGUACAUAAUAAGGGUUUAGGUGUCUUAAAGUUACUAUGAAACACUGAAGUAUUUGACCAACAGGGUUAACAUGAGUCAAGCAUGAACUUAGUCCCAAACUGAACGAUACGGGAAGACGUUUUUGAAUUCUGCCGUUUGCUCUUCUUUGAGCAUUUUACUUCCUAUCUUCAUCUUGGAUUAGGCACACUUCGUAAAUGUGGGAGGACACUCAGUCACAAUUUUACUUUUUUUCCUUACUAUUUUUUUUCCAGCUAGGAGAAAUGCACAUUUCAUACUAACAUCUCAUCCUCGCAAUUUUUUUUCUUUGCAGAUCAGGAAUUUUAUUUUGAAUUUCCUAACGUUCAGCCAAAUGUUAGCAUUGACCGAGAUACAGACAUUGAAGCUUUCACCAUAUGCUUGUGGUUAAGUACCUCUGGUGCCUCGAACCUUGGAAUUUUACGCUACACUGACCAGUCGACGUCGAAUGUCCUUAUUGCCUUGUCUUUAAGCCCUGGAGGGCAUCUAGAUUUUUCGCUCUUUGGCGAAGAUAGGCAACUGCAGGUAUUACCCGGUGUUCAGGCUGGCAAUAUGCAUGGUCUGUGCGUGACGUGGCAAAAAGAAGACGGCUUCUUUAUGGUUUAUUAUGACGGCAGGUUACUUCUGACUGGAGUUGACUUUAAAACCAGAAACCUACUAUCGUCGAAGGGAGUCCUUACGUUGGGAAUUGGAGCACAAGGUCGGGUGUUAUACACAGGCAGGUUAAGUCAUGUAAAUGCAUGGCCGUCCGUUUUGGACCACCCCCAACUGGCUGUUCUUUCUUCCAAGUGUGGAGUGCAACGCGGGGAACUUGUUUCGUGGCCGGAGUUUAAGCAGGGUAUAUAUGGUGGUUCUGCGAUGGAAGGACCAAGUUGCCCUUUUACCGAGACUGACGUAACAGAUGAACUGAAGCACUGGAGGCUUGAUGGAAGCGAUAACGAGCUGAGUCCCCUUUACAGUGCGUCCUUUGUGGAGGGUCGCCUUGACGACCAUAAAGCUGUUUACCUGGAUCAAACAAUGGCCUAUCUUGAAGCACCUUUCGUCAAUCUUGGCACGACCUUUACCAUUGCUUGUUGGGUAAAACUAUUGCCAUCCAAUCCAUACUUAAAGCCAAUACUCUUCAGUCAAAAUGGCGGAUACUUAAACGGACAAUUUUGGUUUGGUGUCGAUGCUGACAAUAAACUGCUGUUUGAAAAUACGAUCGGGGUCACGUCAACUCGCAAGGAGGUAGACGAGCCGCUUCACGAAAAACUGUGGCUGCACGUGGCUGUGUCCUUAAGCACUUCCAAUGAGCUACUUUUUUACAUUAACGGGCUCAAGCAUCUGAGUACACCUCAUUCAUGGCAGAGUCCUAAUAGUGGUCCAUUCGCCAUUGGACAAUUCAACAAUACGUCUGAAAACGAUUAUCUUUACUUCCAUGGAUUUCUCAGUGACCUUUACGUGUUUUCAAGAGCUUUGAGUGCAGAGGAAAUUGGAAAAAUUAUGGGUCGCUCUUUGCCUUGUACUUUCUCAGAGUGGAGCUCUCACCCAAUGUUAACACCCGGGCAAAAGCCAACGGAAAAUCGUCGUACCAAAUCGUGUCCAGGAGUUGGUCAGUGCACUGAGGUGCGGGCCUGGAAACCUGGUAAGUACCCAGUUAUUAAAAUGCACCCAGGCCUCUUAACCAGCACCAAAUCAGCCGUCGCUAUGCAUCCUUCCAAGCAAGCCACCAUUUCUUUCCCAAUUAUAUAUGUACCAACUAUGAAUACCGAGACCCGACCCUCGGAAUUCGACGUCUUAACUGACUGUAGAGAAGUGCUGUUAGCUGGAAACAAAACUUCCGGAGUUCACACAAUAAGUCCUUUAAACAACGAAUAUGAAUUUGACGUUUUCUGCGACCAGGAGACUCAGGGAGGUGGUUGGACGAUCAUUCAGCAGAGGAACGACGGCUCAUUAAGUUUCUUCAGGACGUGGGAUGAAUACAAAAAUGGUUUUGGAACAGUUGGCAGCCAAUCAGAGAUGUGGCUCGGCAAUGACAAAAUUCACAGCUUGACCACCGAAAACACUGAACUUUUGAUUCAGUUGGAAGCGUUCGAUGGCAGCAAGGGAUUUGCAAUGUACAGCGACUUUCACGUUGCAGGGGAAAACGAUCAUUAUCGACUUUCUCUAGGCGAUUUUUCAGGCAAUCUUCCCAAUAAACUAGGGACGCAUAGUAAUGCUAUCUUUUCAGUGGGAACCUGUGCAGACGUCCAGGGAGUUGGCUGGUGGUUUACUUCUUCAUGCGGUGAGGUGUUGCUAAAUUCUCAAUAUGGACAAAACACCGGCAAUAUGACGUGGGACGACUUUCCCAAUUCAGGCGACGCUGGUGGAAAACUCAUGACAACUAGUAUGAAAAUAAGGAGGACAGAAGGUUAUUCAGGAGACUAUACUUUAAUUUUUGGAAAAAAUACCGCAGAAACAAGUAUUAUUCUUUGGCGAACCGUCCUAACAGAGUUCAAAGCUUUCACUGUGUGUCUUUGGCAUAAGCUCUACGUUCAGGAGAAUACGAUGACCUUGCUGCGAUACUUUGCAGAAGAUGGAAACUUCACUCUGAUUAUUAAAGACUUCAACGAUGACGGUGGGCCCUCGUUGUCCUUAAUUAUAUGGCCGAGUUCCGGGAAACAAAGAGCAGGUGUGAAAUUUCCAACGCCAGAUGGCAGCUGGCACCAUCUGUGCGUUUUAUGGUCAAAUAGUGGAGGAAAGGCCACUGCAUACAUGGAUGGCACUUCAACAUCUUUCUCCGAGAGAAUCGGCGACGGGGUGACAUUCAGUGGCAGCGGAAAACUGUUGUUUGGGGCCGUUCAGGCAAAAAGCUCAAACCAACUUGAGGGAGAAGUAUCGUACGUGAAUUUGUGGGAUAAAGUUCUAUCAGAAGCUUCUAUUCAAAGUAUCGCGCAAUCGUGUCAAGCAGAAACGGGAAACCUUUUACAGUGGAGCUUUUUUGCAGCCAUGGCGGUGGGCACAGUGCAAUACGUGCCGUCCUCCCCAUGCACGUCAAAAGAAAUGUAUCACUGGAACUUUGACCAGUCAAGUACUACAGAAAGCAUUGACCUGAACAACAAUCACAUCGCCCAACUGACUGACGCAAGGGUAUCCGCUGACCAGCAGUCCCUUGUGAUCGAAGACCAAGGUCACUUUGUGGCGGAGAAUAUCAGUUCAGAUCUCAGCAAGGAUCAGGGAUUCACAGUUUCAUUUUCAGUAAGGCAGACAGUUAUGUCCUCCGAUAUACUGAAGGAUGACUUUAAAUCUCUCGAAGCGCUUCGCUCAGCCUUCCCAACAUUCAUCCGUGACUAUGCAAUGUGGAAGCGAUGUUACUCCGCUGACCAUUCAUCCUGGAGCACUGCGGAAUUUCAUUCCAAUUGCGACUCUAAGGGACCUUCUUUGACUGUCAUUCGCGUUCGCGAAUACGUGUUCGGUGGCUUUGUUGAACAGAGCUGGGGAGGAACAUCACAAGAUAUUGGACAUCAGCUCGAAGGAUUCCUGUUUAGCCUGUCAAACCCGUCAGGCCAGUCAUCCCAGUUUUUUCCGAUCCAACAAGAAAAAACAUCUGCCAGAACAGAUCCUCAGCUUGGGCCAAGCUUCGGACAACGGGACCUUGAGCUCUUUCAAGACGAGUCUGGCCGACUCAUGGGGUUUAGUAGAUUAGGUGCUUUUUUCAAUGUGACGAGUAUUUCACUGUCAUCUUCUGAAGCAAGGAAUUACUUUGCUGGUUCUCAGAGUUUCUACCCAGACCAGGUGGAAGUGUUUUAUUACCACGUGCCGUCAACACCAGUUGGACUAGAAAAACAAUCAAUACCUGAUGGCAACUUUGACAGCUCUUCAGUAUUAAAUGCUACCACUAGUCCACAUCUCGCACGCUUAAAUGAAUUGCGGGAUUCUCGGGCCUGGUGCUCAAGUGGCGCAAAUGCAAGUGAGUGGUUGGAAGUAUUCUUGGGCAAACAAUACACUUUGACCCAUGUAGCUCUUCAAGGUCUUGGGGAAGGUUAUGAUGUGACAGCCUUGACUGUGAAGUACGAAAAGACUCGCGAGGGACAGAACUGGAUAACAUACAGCAAGUUGGUUGAUGGCAGCGAAACUUCUAAGGUUCUUCAGUUCAACCUGUUAUCGGCCGGAGUUGUGGUAAAAGAAGCAUUCGUUCCGCCUUUCCAGGCUUCCAAACUUCGAAUUACUUUGACUGAACAAAAAGUGUUAUGCUUGAAAAUGGAACUAUAUUUUUACGAUGCAGGCUGCUCAUUGGCACAUGGCCUUGAAGAUGGGACGAUCCCCAAUGAACGACUCACUGCAUCGUCAUCUGACGAGACAAAAACGAACGAUCACUACUGGCCGCUUAGAGGGCGUCUGAACAGCAAUGCGGGCUCACGUACCUGGGGACCUUAUAAGCGUUCUGGAGAAUCUGGCACAGUGGGUGAUUGGUUCCAGGUUGACUUACAGCAACAACAGGAAGUAAACUGUAUCGCAACCCAGGGAAGAGACACUAAUUUACAGUGGUUAACGAAUUACCAAAUCGCGUACAGUUCAGAAGGAAACGACUGGAAGUUUUAUGAGCAAAGCAAUGGUGAAGUAAAGGAAUUUGAUGCAAAUUCAGAUCAGCAUUUGGCCGUCACAAACUGGUUUGUUCCAUCUUUUUACGGAAGAUUCAUUCGCGUUCAUGUCACCGGCAUCAACAAAUACUGCAGACUACGACUGGAGUUGUACGGUAAACGUGCUAACCUAACAGGUAUUUGGAAGUCUUCGCUGUGUUCUUUUGCAGUUUUGAAGAGCAGAGUUUAUGCUUCUGACAGGAGGAAUAUUUUAUGGGACCUCCGCUUUCAGGCUUGGCUAAAACUAGAUAUUACCUUUGUUGUUCUAAUGAUUCACCCUUUAAUAUUAUGCACCAUUUCAGUUGAGGUAUAUAUAACCUCAAAUACUAUCAGGUAUAUUGUAUCAAUUCGACUUGCUGAUGAGAAGGGAAGCUUCACAGGUUUUCGUUUUUUUUCGAAUUUCUUUUUCACAGAAAUAUUUAGUUUUCAAAACGGCUUGGCGUUCACCGUCCGUCGUGGGCGAUACGACAUUUUCUUUGGGAAAGAAAACUCGUUCUGGCAUAUACAACAUCCAUUGAUCGUGAACCAAUGGUUCGACGCAACACUGACGUGGACUCCUGAUGACGGGCUCAAGUUUUAUGUCAAUGGAAAGUUGGUGGCCUCUGAUGCGACCCCAGAACAGUUAAACUUACCUCUGGCGAGUGAGCCGUUUAAGCUUAUGAUUGGGUCAGCGGAGAAUGGCGGUGGAUGGAGCAGGGCUAUUUCGAUCAAAGAAUUGAAGGUUUGGAAGAUGGCGAUGAAAGAGGAGGAAAGUAAAAGGCAAUCUGAAGUUUAUCUUAACUUUGACGAUAACUCAAGGGACUGGGCACUACUGUUGAACAGUUCUAGUGGCUGGAAGCUAUCUCACGGAUGUACUGAGACGGAGGGGACUGGGCCAUGCGAUGAUGUGUCUGGCGGAGGUCGAUAUAUCCAUUUCGAUGCUUCGCAGCCUGAAGAAACUGCAAGAUUCGUUACGCCUUCUAAUGCCACCUCUUACGCAUGCCUUAAGUUUCAUUAUCACAUGGCGGGUGCACAUGUAGGAAGGCUUAAUGUUUACUCUACGGGUCUCUAUGAAAACGAAGAGCUAUUGUGGAGGUUAUUUGGAGACCAAAAUGAUACGUGGAAUGAGGCGCACGUCCCCGUCAACGUUAUUCAACCGCAAUAUCAGGUCAUCUUUGAAGCUGUUAAAGGACCUAGUUCUUUAGGAGAUAUCGCUAUCGACCAGAUAAAGUUUACAAGAGAAGAGUGCAGUUUUUUUCCUUCAUCGGCUGAGCCACAGGAUCCCUCGGGUUCUGGUGUAGUGAUAAAUUCUUCGAUUGUUCCAAUGGAAAGUGUUCAUCAUCAAUACUUAAGUCUGAUGCUGAAGGAAGAGGGCUAUGAUUCUUCCCUUUGGACACCUUGUUAUCACGCUCUGGAUCAUGGCUGGAGUGUUUCUACCUUUCACCAAAAAUGUGACAAUAAAGGCCCCACCCUAUCCAUAGUUAGGAAAGACAAUUUUGUGUUUGGUGGAUUUACAGAACGCAGCUGGGGUGAAGAUGAGGUCGACUCGAACUUUGAAUUAGAUUUCUGGCGUCAAGACGUCAAUGAUUACGCCUGGACCGAUGGCUCUGCGUCCAUUUCCCAGUUUACAGCAGCGAUGUGGAUAAAGAUUUCCGGCCCUUGCCCUUUCACACUGUUUUCAUUUGGAAACGUGUCAGUAAAGAUACAAUUCUACAUACAAAGUGAAGACGAAACAAAAUUGUGUAUCUGGGAUGAUACUUAUGGACUGUGCAGCCCUAUUACCUUAACCAAUCCAUAUCCCGGAGACGGUUCUUGGCGCCACCUGACUGUGACAUGGUGGGACACUGAGAAGUGGACCCUUUUUCUUGAUGGUCAAUUAUUAGGCAACGGCAUACAAAGUACCUGGUCUUCAUUCUCGAACAUUUCUGUGGGGACUCUUUGGAUCGGACAAAAUCAGCCGCCAAUAGAUACUCCUACAGGAUCAUUUCAAGGUCAAAUUACUGCGUUUAACAUGUGGAAUUACAAGAUGGCUGAUUCUGAAAUUGCCACAUUAGCGCAAAGCUGUGCCAAUAUACCAGGGAACGUGUUCCGAUGGAAUACCUUUAGGAAUAAUGUUCACGGAGCGCUGAAGCUAGUAAGACCGUCAACGUGUCAGAAGAGUAUUAAUCCAAGCUAUGAUCUGCAUUUCUGGCGCCAACACAGAGAUGACUAUGCUCAAUCCACCGUUUUGCCUGAGUCAUCCAUAAACAAUUUUACAGUCUCGUUUUGGGUGAUGUCGUCGCUUCAAAACUCUCAAGUAGCGUUUUCAUUCCUUAACGGGGACAUAGUGGUGGAGUUUGAAAUUAGCAAUUCUGGAGCCCCAGGCAUCUGUUUUGUUGUGGAUGAUAACCAAACUGCAGCGGACUGUAGCUACAUUGACAGUCCGUCUUCUAAACUCAACGAUGGGUUUUGGCACCAAAUCGUGGCUGUCUGGUCAGGCGGAGAUAAAUCGUGGAUCGUUUACAUAGAUGGUGUGAGUCAAGGGUGGAAACCGCACCCGUCUUGGACGACAGACAGUAUUCAACCAGUUCUACCAGGAGCAACUCUAAAGAUUGGCCAAUUACCUCUUUCGUUAUCGGCGGAUUCUUCAAAAUCCUUCCUUGGGCGAAUAACUCUCUUUAACAUGUGGGACCACACCCUGGAAACGUCAAAGCUGGCCAUGUUAGGACGAGGCUGUAGGGAUGACCCAGGGAAUUUGUUCUCAUGGAGUACCCUGAAAAGCAGUGCCGGUUACGGACAAUUGAAGAUCAUAGAGCCGUCAUCAUGCUGUUCCACAUACUACAGAUCGGACACUAAGGCAUUCAUUUUUUCAUUAAACUACACGUCGGAAGGAUCCCUUUUUAAAAAGAAAAUAAGUGGACAAUCUGCUGCUACUGCAAUUUACAGUUCACCAUCCACUGGACCAACGUUUGGCCAAGCUCCAUUUGAUUUUCAGAUUGGCGUCAGUGACAACAUGAAGACUGGGUUUAGUCAUCAUGUCGUCUCUUAUGAAGGAGGUGGAGGUAAUGCGGAAUCCAACCUGGACACCGUUCUGGCUGGAGCGUCGACCUUCGAGCCUAGUGAUGUUGAAGUUCUGUACAAGGGUCACGGAGGGUCCCUGUGCCCUCAGCAGUGCCCAUUCAAUCACCACUGCGACGAAAUAAAUGGCGGUUGCCGAUGUAACACAGAGGACGAAAAUCCUGCUCUGUGUCAAAUCUUCCAAUUAUACAAAGACAGUUCGCAUUUCUGGCCUCUGGAUUCAGUGGAAGAAAUUAAAGAUCUUUCCACCCCUGGCUGGGGUCGAGCGAACGGAAGUGUGUCUGAAGUUUUUGGUAUGAUGACAGAUGGCGUCGACGGCGAGAUUCACCUGAAUCACGAGGGAGACACGUGCGCUACGAAGUCCGCCGUAUUUUCCUGUGAAGACACUGGUUUUACCGUAUCACUAUUCAUGAAGCCUGAGAAUCGUGAAGAUGGACAACGACAAACGUUUUUCAAAUCUCUUGGCAAGUUUGUGGUGUACCAGGAAGCAAACAGCAAGUCGUUGAUUGUCCGCGUGCAACGCGCCACUAAAUAUUGUCUGAAGGAAAUAGCAAUGCCGGAGAAAAUCUGGUCACACCUGACUUUUACUUACAAAGCACGUGCGCCACAAACAUUGACGGUUUUCAGGAACGGUCAAAGGAUCGACAGAUUUAUCAGAGAUGAAGGUUGCAACAAGGGAGGGACUCCUGAGUUUUUAUCUUCUUCUGUUUUACUGAGUGCUGGGGACGGCGUGUUCGCUAAAGCAACUUAUUUCCAUAUUGCCAUCUGGAAACAGGUGUUACUUGAAGAACGCAUAAUUUACGUUUGUCCUUUUCUUAACCUUGCAGUUGCAGCCCCCGAAAACAUAUCAGUCAUAAGCGUAACGUAUUCGUGCGUUAGAAUCCACUGGAAUGAUGUCCCACCUGAGAGGUAUGGCCUCUUCGUUGGAUAUGUAGUCCUCUAUGACUUCGUUUACCAAUCGUCAUUCUCCAUGUACAAGCAGACUUCUCCCGCCUCCAUACAUGAAGUAGAGAUAUGCGGUCUGCAGCCAUCAUCUACGUACAAGUAUUACAUGAAACGCGAAUUUCUGGAAUCAAACGUAGGAAAUGGAAGCUCCGUGCAACUUUUUACCACGCUCAAAGGACCAAUCCGCCUUCCGCCAACAAAUGUUACAGCCCACAAUACCAGCUCGACAAGCAUCACGGUACAAUGGCAACCGCCUGCCAUUCCAGUAGGCGUCAAACUGAGUGGUUACGAAGUGUUUUUUAAACCUCGUCUCAAUGCUUCGGCGCAGUGGGACACCCAGAUUGCCUGUAACAGCACUUCAAAUGUUACUUUAAAAAGCCUGCAGAAAUUUACCGAGUAUGAAAUUAUGGUGUCUGCCUUCAACAUACUUGGGCCUGGGAAUUUCAGCGAGGUCGUAACUUCUUUCACGGACGAAGACACUCCACUUGCUGGGCCUUUGAUCGACUCGGCCAACUACACAAGCUCCACAAGUAUUAAUAUCAGUUGGAGUCCAGUCCCUGAGCCGUUGCGUCUGGGAAUAAUUACCAAGUACAUAUUCACCUUAACCGAUGUGUUAACAGGCGUGGUUACAACAGCAGAAUUCAACGGACCAAAUUUACACGGCGAAGUUACAAAUUUGUCAAAAUAUCGAGAGUAUAAUAUCGCAGGAGCCGCUGCUAACAGCAAGGGCCAAUCAAAUUUUACGAGUACAGUCACGUGUCGCACCGGCGAAGAUGCACCAGACCUCCCGCCUGCAAACGUGACCGCAUACAACGCAAGCUCCACAGCAAUUACGGUCGAGUUCCAGGCCUACUCGCCAGAGCAGCUGAAUGGAAUCUUGCGCAAAUACAUCUUUAGGAUUUUUAAAGCCAAUUUGUUGAAUUCUCUUGUUUGGAAUUAUACCUUUACGUUACACCGCUCGAGAAGACGGCGAGCAGCUUCGAAUAACAGUGUCGUCCAAAAGACACUGACAGGAUUAGAGGAAUACACCAUGUAUUCUGUGCAGACAGCCUUCUUCACCGUCACGCGAGGUCCCUUUAGCGCCGCUGUUAAUGUCUCUACCGAUGAAGGAGUCCCCAGAGCUCCUCCUCUGCAAGUAACCGCGUUCAAUACCAGUAACUCAAGCAUCCUAGUCACGUGGCAGAAUAUAACAUCGUCCAGUGUGCCUGGGAUACUAUUGGGUUAUGUACUGCGCAUUAUUAAGGCCGAUGACACGAAUUCGUCAAACUUCAGAGAGAUAGAGCACCACUUGAGCACUAGUAGAAAUAUAACAAAUUUGGAGACUUACACACUGUACAAAAUUUCUGUAGCUGGGUAUACGCGAAUGGGAAUUGGCAACUUUAGUGAAACACAGAGCUGGACGGAUGAAGGAGUUCCCUUGGGUCCUCCAAACAACUUGACCGGAAGUUCUUCCAGCACCAGCAGCAUUACACUAUAUUGGCUUCCGAUAAAGAGAGAACUUCGGAAAGGAAUCAUCCAGGGGCAUGAAGCAAAAAUUUGUGAUGAUAAUGGAGUGCUUUUAGAUGAAAAAACUGUAUAUGGUUCAAGCCUUUCUGCGUAUUUCGAUGGACUGAACGUUUAUGCUAACUACAGUGUUCAAGUACGAGCUUUUACCCGUAAGGGGUUUGGCCCGUGGAGUCCAUUGGUUCGGGUUUCUACUGGUGCACCAUCACCCGAGAAAACCCCCAUGAAUGCAACAGCUCGUGUCACAGGCGCUUACACCAUACACGUAACUUGGAGCGCAAUCUCUGUAGUGGAUGCGCGGAGUUUUUUUGGUUAUCGAGUUGUGUACUUUCCUGUUUCCAGUCCUCGUCAGUUACGGGACGUUAUGGUAGACAGGAACGACAUUGAAGUGACUAUUACAGGUCUAAGGCCAUUCACUCGGUACGGUGUACAAAUAGCGGCUUAUAGUACAGAGGACGGCAACUACACCAUGCCAGUGUACGCGCAAACUUGGCAGGCAGCUCCGUCAGCUCCUCCCUCCCGUUUCGGUGUUUCUGCCCGUGAUUCGCAAAGCCUGCUGGUCUACUGGCUGGACGUGCCCCCAGAGUACCGAAACGGCAUCAUCCGUGGCUACCGCCUGGCGUAUACGAGCGCGAGCAACGGUACCGGUACGGUAAUGACAACGAGAACUUACUCAAAGGUUCUGACGCAGCUACAGAAAGCAACUGAAUACACGAUUGAAGUGUGGGCCUUCAAUGAUGCUGGCGAUGGGGUGCCUGCUUGGUAUACCACAUGGACGGGUGAAGAUGUACCCAGUCGGCCGCCGUCAAAUAUCACUGCUCAGAACCGGACCAGUUUAACCAGCAUACCCAUUUUCUGGGCGCCAUUCCCUCAAGAAUACACACACGGUCGCCUUGUAGGCUACCGAGUGACGUACCAAGCUGUAACAAUUGGCGACUUGCCAGUGGAUUUUGAGUCCGUGAUAAGUAAAGAUGUUGGAAACGCGGUUACGUCCAUGACUUUACGCAACCUUAAGCCGCUUGUGGUCUAUAGGAUAACCGUGGCUGCCAUAUCAAACAAGGGGCCUGGACCGGCAGGAGUUACCUUUGGAGAAACUUGUCGUUGUCGGCCGAACUUAACGACGAACUGGAGGAACUACCCACCUUACGUCAAUGUGACUUCCCUGAGUACUCCUGGAAUUAUCAUACCUAAAUUGCUAACCGGAGUAAUCAAUGAAUGCUGUGGAGAGUGCCUCGAUCACGGAAAAUCAAAACUAGACUUCACACGGAAUGGAAAUAACGGAAUAGCUCAACAAAACAGCUCCCAGGAGCUCUUGCAAAACAUUGAUGAUCAGACGGAUUUCUCGUUUCCAGUCAUCGGGUACAAGUUGCAGGAUAGUUACAAGGGAGGGCUGGGUUAUGCACCGUUUGUCGAGUCCGCAGGCAUCGCGUUUGUGGUGUACACUGACACUUCCGGUGUAAAGGACGCCAUGUUUGAUGCCCUCAUUGCGUGCUGGCCUGUUGUGGUGAUACCUUUCGUGAUGGCUUACAUAGCGGGUGUACUAGUAUGGCUACUGGACGCCAACUCAAAUAGCCAACAUUUUCCGACGUCGUUUAUCCAUGGAGCAUGGGAAGGAGUCUGGUGGUCUUUCGUUUCCAUAACAACCGUCGGCUACGGUGAUCGCACUCCCAUGAGCCACUUGGGUCGCAUUUUCGCUGUAGGCUGGGUACUAGUGGGGCUGGUGAUCAUGGCAGUGAUGACGGGGGCGCUUACGACAGCACUGACGACAAUUACGUCAGUCAGUGGCACAAGCAUAUAUGGAUCUAAGGUAAGAGUGGCUUGCAGUUGUUUAAUCGGCCAUUUCUUUGGUCACUUAGCCAAACAGUACCAAACAUUAGAGGAACUCUCAGAGGCCCUUCUAAACAGAGAAGUGGACGGGAUCUUAAUAGAUGCGAACGCCGGUGGAACUCAAAAAGACCUUUUCUCCAAGCCCUCGGUACGAGUGGCCCAGGUCAUUGACCAUCAAACAGCAUAUGGAGUUGUCAUUGGUGGAGACUCGAUGCGUCUUCGACAUUGUUUCUAUGGUUACAUGCGGUCCCAUCAAGCGGAGAUUUUUAAAUGGGUUGAAGAACUCGUGGAACCCAUAAAGGGUUCGGGGCUGUCUGAAGAAGAAAUUGUCCAGGACAUCUCCACUGGUUUGUUUGAUAGUGACGCUGACCUUUUUCACAAUACACUCCUCAUUACAAGUACAUGCGCAGUGAUCGGUGUUGUCCUGGGACUCUUCUACGAAGUCAUGAGAAGAAUACGAGAACGACAGAAAGUCCAACAUGACAACACUCUGUCGACACACAAGGACAAAAUGAUUGAAGACAUGAGACUAAUUGUGGAAGAUUUCUUUCAACACACGAUAAAAUCUCUGAAGCAGAUGAAGACAAAGCACAAGAAAGAGGUAUUAAAAUACGCCAGGUUUGCGCCAGCAAUGAGCGAAAAGCGGAGAUCUACGUUAACUAAUUCGUCCUUUAUACACUCAAGGAAUACUCUCAAUGACGAUGAUAUUUCAGUGAUAGAAUUAGAAGAUUUACGACUCAGCAACGCUAAUUGCUAAUUAAACAUACGUCACCAGGCCAUUUCCGAGUUGCUCUUUACGUAACAUGUCAAACACGAGAGACAGUGUUUCAUCGGGAUAUCCAA